GUGAUUCAAUGUUGCCUCAGCAUGACGACAUUGUUCCUUCAAAUGAACCCCUGCCGUAUCAGGUUACAUUUACAACUGGCGAAGCAGGAGAGCCAAUUACAGUUCAUCUCAAAAGCAACUCAGGUAAUAAAAUCAUGGGGUUUAUGGUAGAAGCUCGGGAGACACCGGAUGGCCACGCUGUUGGAAAUUUUAUCGUGAUCGACGACUACACUCGAACCCUGGAUUGCCAUAGUUUGAGAGCCUCCGCUGCUAGUCAAAAGAACAAAGACUUAAAGAAUGAGAUCAGCGUUAACUGGACAGCAGGGGAGACAAGAGCCAGGACAGUCAUCUUCAGAGUCACAUUUCUUGAAAAGUAUGAGAAGUUCUGGGAACCGACCAUCAUUGAGCCUCCACCACCUACAACCACUCAAUCUCCAGCUACCACCACAGCAUCCAGCCCCACCACAGCAUCCGGCCCCACCACAGCAUCCAGCACCACCACAGCAUCCGGCCCCACCACAGCAUCCGGCCCCACCACAGCAUCCGGCCCCACCACAGCAUCCGGCCCCACCACAGCAUCCGGCCCCACCACAGCAUCCGGCACCACCACAGCAUCCGGCCCCACCACAGCAUCCGGCCCCACCACAGCAUCCGGCCCCACCACAGCAUCCGGCCCCACCACAGCAUCCGGCCUCACCACAGCAUCCGGCCUCACCACAGCAUCCGGCCUCACCACAGCAUCCAGCCUCACUACAGCAUCCAGCCUCACCACAGCAUCCAGCCCCACCACAGCUCCAGUGACAUCAGCUGUCUCCCACACUUCUCUGCCACCACCACCUCCCCCCAACCCCCGCAAGUACACACUUGCUCAAACUCCUCUUUUCUCUGUUCAGGGCCAAGUGGGUCUGACGUUAUUGUUUACCAGAUCUGUGGACCCUGUGACCAUGUUUCGGUUAUGGUUCGCUACACUGCCUCCCCCUCGCUGGCUUUGUAUAUUGUGCAUGGGGGUUUGUCUGGCAGCUGAGAUCAUCGCCUUGAUCUUGUUUUGUGUGUGGAAAUACAGUACUGACACUCUCAUCGCCCUUGUGUGUGUGGUGAUAGUCCUUACUAUCAUAGAACUGUCUCUCAUCAUUUCAUCAGUUGGACCCAGUCAUGAACUAAAGGAGAUCCAUGAUUUUGCCGUCAAAGUGGUUUCUGCCAUCCAUGAGAUUUUUACAAUUGCUGCCAUCUUCACGGGCUUUGAGGUGAUUCAUAAAAUCAAGACGCCGGAACCUUGGUUUCAGGAAGUGAUGGCUGGGUACACUGCGUGGAGGGUCCUAUUCUUCAUCUGCGUCUUCAUACGCCAUAUUUGGGGACAAACAAUACUGAAAAGAAAGAAGAUAGGGACUUCAAAUACCGCUGAGAAGUGGAAGCGCAAAAGGGAAAUGACGAAGCUCGGUGUGGCUGACCAGAUUAGCCUCGCUGUGUUUAUCAUCUUCUACAUCGGAAGCGUUUGCUUCACUGUAGCUCUCAUUUUUGAUAUAUUUUCGUGA